AUGUCGAGAUUCGUGUCUGCGGGGGCGAUUAAUGCCGAGACGGGCGAGGCUGUGGUUGCUGAUGAUAAGUUGACAACGACGACGACGACGUCGACGACUGUCGGCGGAGCUGGAUCUGAAGCUGGAGCAGGAGCAAGAACUACAGUCGAAGCAAAGAAGAGUGCCGAGUGGGAGAUUGUGCAGAGGGAGCUCGAGGCCGAGAGGAAGAGGAGGGAGGAGGCGAGGAUCAAGAGCGUCGAGGGCGGGGAGAAGAGUCUUUAUGAUGUUCUGCAGGCUAAUAAAGCCGCGAAACAAGCCGCCUUUGAAGAGGCGAAUAAGAUUAGGAACCAGUUCCGGGCGCUCGACGACGACGAGAUUGAUUUCCUGGACGAGGUGAGGGCUUCGAAGCGGGCUGCUGAGGAGAAGGUGAGGAGGGAGACGGAGGAGGGGCUCGCUGCGUUUCGGAGGGCGCGUGGCCAGGAGCAGGGGGUGAAGCGGGCUGGUGAGGGUGAUGAUGAUGCUGUCAGCGGUGGUGGUGAUGUUGCCGCCGGUGUGGCGGAUUCUACGCUGCCGGAUGGGGCGGAUGGUGGUGAUGAGGAGUGGGCUGUUGGGCCUAGGAAGAGGCGGAGGAAGGAGAAGGGGUUUGGGGUCAAGAGGGAGAGGGGGGAUGAUGGCAAGGUUGAGGAGGAGAAGAAGAAGAAGAAGGCGGGUGGGGAGGGGGAUGGCGAGGUGAAGGGUGCUUUGAAGGGUGUUGGAAAGGGGGGCUUGCCUGUGCCGGCGGCUACGAGUAUACCUGUCCCUGCUGCGCCGGUAAAAGGGAAGCCGAGUCUCGUGGCGUACGGGUCUGAUUCGGACGAUGAGUGA